GAUUAAUUUUAUUCAAGUUGACAAGUAAUUAAAAUAUUGGUUCACAACUUCACAUUAAAUUACUACAAACAAUCAUCAAGCAUUUGGGGUGUGAGCACUAUAUAACCUUACAACAACAAAAUCAAGGCUAAAGCUAAGUUUAAUUUCCCAAGCUUCUUUAUGUCAUCCUUCUCCAUUUAGGUAGAAUGACAAGUUAUGACCAACCUUCAAGCUCCAACGAAGAAAUUUUUGCAGAAAAUGCUUCAACUUCUAUACAUUCCCGGUCCACUACACCUUCCCUCACAUCGCAGAGCCACCACCGGUGUGUGGCCACACUGAAGAGUCACAACUCUUACACCUCAUCCCUCGUACUCGCCGGAAAAUUCCUUUUCACCGGUUCCUCCGACAAAGAAAUCCGCAUGUGGAAGCGCCGAGCAGAUCACGAAAAUCCCACUAACGACGACGUGGUGGUGGUGGUGGCCGGAAAAGGGGCGGUGAAGUCCCUGGUGGUUUCAGCCGGCGACAAAAUAUUCAGCGCUCACCAAGACAACAAAAUCCGGGUAUGGAAGAUCAACAAUCAUCACAACUCGGAUACCCAAACCUUGGCACACUUGGCCACGCUGCCGAUUCUCAGCGACCGGGCAAUCAAAUAUCUCCGGCCGAAGAACCACGUCCAGAUCAGACGCCACAAGACCUCCACCUGGGUCCACCAUGUCGACGCCGUCUCGGCCCUCGCCCUGUCCCAAGACGAAUCUCUCCUUUACUCUGUUUCCUGGGACCGGACCCUCAAGAUUUGGAGCACGCCCGAUUUCAAAUGUAUACAAUCAAUCGAAAACGCACACGACGACGCCAUUAACGCUCUAGCAGCGUCGCGAGACGGCCGCGUCUAUACCGGAUCGGCGGACAAGAAAAUUAAGGUCUGGGGAAAACCCCACGGCGGCGAGAAGAACCACUCCCUGGUUGCCACGCUAGAGAAACACAGCUCCGGGAUAAACGCAUUAGCAGUGGACAUGAAUGGUUCGGUUCUAUAUUCCGGCUCCUCCGACAGGACCAUUUUGGUCUGGGAGAACGAUUGCGGCGGCGGCGGCGGGCGCACCGUGGCGGCGCUCAGGGGCCAUAAGAAAGCAAUACUGUGUCUGGGUGUGGUGGCGGAUUUGGUGUGCAGUGGGUCGGCGGACAAAACGAUAAGAAUUUGGCGGCGAGGCGUCGAGAGAUGUUACUCUUGUGUGGCGGUGUUGGCGGGGCACGACGGGCCGGUGAAGUGUUUGACGGCGGCGAGUGAUUGUCACCACGAGGGUGACGAUGAAACAUCCUCGUAUCUCCUCUAUAGCGGUGGCUUAGAUGGCGACACAAAAGUUUGGGAGAUUUUUGUUCUUCGCUGAAUUGAAAGUGAAAGUUUGUUCCUUGUGUGUAUAGUAUGAAGGUAAGACCGUAAGAACAUACAAGAGAAGUAGUAAUUAAUUUACCUCCAUUUUCACUUCAACAUUCUUUAAUUCUUAUGGAUUAUAUAUUCCUUCAAUUAUUUAAGGUUACAAGCACUCAACCUAACAUUAGCUUUAACCCCCACUAACCAUCUACGAAAAGAUUCUGCAUAUCGUAGUGACAAACUGGCCU